UACUUCUCUAUAUGUACCUUGGUACCGGAUGAUCUCAACCUCAGAUCCGGAGAGGUUUUGCAAUUUCCCCAACUUCUUGAGCAUUGUCUGAACAAUGGCGAUAUCGAUCUUUGCGUUCGGUGGGAUCACUACCCUCGGCCUGGCGUUGCUCGUGAUUGCAUUCACAGGAUAUGCUAUCCGACAGGUGUUUUUCCACCCACUCAGCGACAUUCCGGGACCGUUCCUAGCCAAAUUGACUCGCUGGUGGCAAGCUUACGAGGUAUUCUCAGGAGCAGCCGAGGUAACUGAGAGAGCCCUCCACGAGAAAUACGGGUAUCUCGUGCGCGUGGCACCGAACCAAGUCAGCAUCUCGGAUCCCGAAGCAAUCAAACUGAUCUAUGGGCCUAACUCACGCUUCGCAAAGACUGACAUGUACGCCGCCUGGAAGCAUGGCUACGACAACAUGUUCACGUACCGUGACGAGAAAGAACACGCCAAGCACCGUCGUGCCGUGGGCAACGCAUAUGCCAUGAGCAAUGUUCUUGACUCGGAACAGUACAUCGAUCAAUGUUCCAACCUGUUCUUACAAAGACUAGGCGAGAUGGCUCAAGCUGGUCAAACGGUCGAUCUUGGUCACUGGUUGCAGAUGUAUGCCUUUGACGUGGUAACUGAGCUUUUCUACGGCAAAGCGUUCGGUCUUAUGGACGCCCGCCAGGAUUUCGGAUGGUUCGACCUUCUCGAGGGAGUCGUCCAAGCUGUUGCUAUUAUGGGAAUGAUUCCAUACGUUGUGUCAUUCUACCACAUGCCACUCUGGCAAAAGAUAUUCCCCAAGGUCAAAGAGGCCAACGACAAGCAGAUGAAGAUGAUCACGGUCGCUCAGGAACGUGUGGCAGAGCGGUUGAACAGUAAAGCCAACAGGAGAGACAUGAUGGAGAAGUUCAUUGAACGACACCGCGAAAGCCCACAGGAUAUGACCGUGCAGUGGAUCGAGAUGGAGGCCGUCGUCGCCUUGUUUGCAGGAUCCGACACAACAGCCGCCGCACUGCGAAGCAUGUUCUACUACCUUCUCAAGAACCCGUCCACUUAUGAGACCCUGCAGAAGGAAAUCGACAACAUGGACGCCCAGCGCGAACUAUCACCCAGAAUCUCCUUUGCUGAGAGCAACAAAAUGCCAUAUCUCCUCGCAGUCUGCAAAGAAGCCAUGCGUCUCCAUCCAUCAGUCGGUCUUGGCCUACCGCGAUAUGUACCUGAAGGUGGCCGCGAGAUUUGCGGACGUUUCUUCCCGGAAGGUACCCGCGUCGCAAUCAAUGCAUGGGUAGUCCAUCUUGACGAAGGUAUCUUCGGUCGCGACCCUAAAGCUUUCCGUCCGGAACGCUGGUUUGAAGGUGACCCGAAGAUCAUGGAUCGGUAUAUGUUCCAGUUCGGAUCCGGCAGUCGUACCUGUACUGGCAAGAACAUCGCCAUUCUGCAAUUACAAAAGGUCGUUCCGGAGAUUUUGCGACAUUUUGACAUAACGCUUUCGGAACCCGCUAAGUCGUGGAAGACUAUCAACCAUUUCUUCGUGAAGCAGGAGGGGUUGAACGUGAUGCUGAAGGCGCGGACGUACAAAGCAUAA